CCACAUCCAAAAUAUUUACUAAAAUGGAUUGAAAACAAAUUUUAACAAUUUAUAAAACUUUUAGAUUAAUUACAAACAACAAAUUCUUGUUACGAUGGAUGACAGAACAAAUGUUGAUAACAUCAUCGAGAGGCUAUUGGAGGUCCGAAUCAACACUAGACCCGGCAAGAACGUUCAGAUAGCUGAAAAUGAGAUACGCCUUCUCAUUUCAAAAUCUCGUGAGAUAUUUCUAGCUCAGCCGAUGCUGCUGGAUUUAGACGCACCUUUGAAGAUCUGUGGAGACAUCCACGGACAAUAUUACGAUCUCUUACGACUGUUUGGAGCUGGAGGAUUUCCUCCGAGCAACAACUACUUGUUUCUUGGCGACUAUGUUGACAGGGGAAAGCACUCCAUCGAAACUAUCUGUCUCCUCAUGAGCUACAAGAUCAAGUAUCCCGAAAACUUCUUUCUACUAAGAGGUAAUCAUGAGUGUGCGAGCAUCAACAGGAUUUACGGAUUCUACGACGAGUGCAAACGAAGAUAUAACAUAAAGUUGUGGAAGGCAUUUUGCGACUGCUUCAACUGUCUACCAGUGGCUGCUGUCAUAGACGAGAAGAUCUUCUGUUGCCAUGGAGGACUCAGUCCUAACCUCAACAGUAUGGAACAGAUCCGACUGAUCGGUCGACCCACAGAUAUCCCUGACCAAGGACUUCUAUGUGAUUUACUUUGGGCCGAUCCCUCUGAAGAUGUUGUUGGUUGGGGUGAGAAUGAUCGUGGGGUCUCUUUUACCUUUGGAAGAGAAAUUGUUUCACGAUUUUUAAUCAAAUUUGAUUUUGAUUUGAUUGUUCGUGCUCAUCAAGUCGUUGAAGAUGGCUAUGAGUUUUUUAGCAACAGACAACUUGUGACUAUAUUCUCUGCGCCCAACUACUGCGGGGAGUUCGACAAUGCCGCUGCGUUAAUGUCUGUUGACGUUAAUUUGAUGUGCUCUUUUCAAAUUUUAAAACCAACUGAGAGAAGCUCGGGAUUUAUGAAGUUUCCAAAGGGGUUCAUGGCCUCACGAAAUCCCGCGAUAGUUCAGCAUAAACCUAAAAAAUAGCACAUUUGAAAUUAAGUUAAUUAAUUAAAAAAAACUUACAUUAUACUUUUUGUCUGAAUAACU